CAACAAUGAUGGGGCCUAAUUCUCCUAAAGUCAUUACUAAAGUAUCAAAACUCAACCCUUUCUUUGAUUCCAAAGCUCACAACCAUCAGAGAUCUGCAAAGAAGGAAAGAUAUUUUUAAGAAAAAGAUGAACUUAAUUCGAUCGAUAAUAAAAACUCCUGAGAAGGAAAAGAAACUUACCAAGCUUCAUUAUACAAGGAAUAUGAAGAUUUUAAGUAACUCAAGGACUAGAGAUUCAACCUUUAAGAAUAAGGCAAAUGUACUGCCUCUAAAUAAUCUCAAGAUGAGAGUAAUGGACGGAGAGAGUCUAUUUCCUCAAGAGCAAGUUAACUGUGGAGUCCCCAAGAUUCAUUAUGCUACCUCUUUGAAGUCUGUGAGUCCUGGGAAAACUCCCGGCAAAGAGCUUAACGAAUUGCAUCAUAGAAGGAAUAAAGAAUUUAGUUUCUUUGAUACUCGAUUUCGAUUUAACCUUGCCAAGCUUGGAUCUAGAAAAUAUCGACAUACUCGAAUUGUUGAAGAAAAGGCACUUGGGCUUAUAAAGAGAAAUGUACAAAUAAACUCAGAAUUUUCACCCGACAAGAAUAGAAGUUGGAGAAGAAGACUUGAGAAGAGAUCUCAGCUUAAUUCACCAAAAAUAAUCAAAUCCAAAAGAAACUCUGAACUUACAGAUGAGACAGCUGGCUUAUCAUUUAGUCAAGCUGAGAUAAAGAAAGAUGUUACGAUUCAUGUAAAGGAUUAUCACUCAGAAGUUAAGAAAGAUUUUCAGGUUGAUAAACAAUUUCUUAUGGACAACAUGCUCUACUUUCAUAAAUAUUUUGAGAAGGAGAAGUGUAAAUAAUACACAGAAGAGACUAAUGAUACUAGACGAUUUAGAUAUCACUAUCCAGUGAUCUCCAACUAUCUUCAGGUGGAUCCUCGGGUAUCUUCGAAACAAGCAGACGCCUGUCUAUUUUAACCCAGAAGAGGUUAUACCAAUCUUGAUAUCAUCAGAUUCAUUGAUGAUUCCUAAAAUUACUAAAGAAGCAUUAGACUACAUAUGAAAUUAACCUUCAAAGAGUUGUUGACAAGACGAGCUGUAGCACAUACCUUCGGCCCCACUUGAUGAAGAAGAUCUCUAGACUGAUCCCUAUUAAGAAGCUUGAUAGUAUUCAGUACAGAAAGGGCACAGGGUUUAUCAACAAGAUCUAUAAAUACAAGUUGGAAACAUUACACUUGGGCUUGAAUUACUCGUACGCCAAGCUUACUGAUAGGAACUAUGAUUUUAACAGUAAAGACAAUAUUCUUAGAAGAUGCAAAUAUUGAGACAAAAUGUACACAGAUGUAGGCUUGGACCUCACCCCGUGCCAUAAUAGUCAUCAUUACAUAAAUGUUUAUGGGGAAUUGAUCCCUCCUCAUAAGCCACUCUCUAAAUGGGAUCUGAAUGACUUCGCAUCCAGAGUUAGAAAAUAAAGAAAGUGAUUGGAAGACCAUAUAUUACAGAGUCUGGGCAUUCUGAAUACUUCUCAGAUGCACCGAAUGAAACCAAGCAUUCAGGCUCUAUGAUUACGACCAGUGCAGAUACCAUCCACAAAAAUUUUGCUCUGACAGUGAUGUUAAUAAGGGAAUUUAUAAAUGAUGAGGCCUACAACAAGAUAAGUUUAGCAUCAUUAGGAGCACUCCGACUCAUGGAUGAUGAAUGAAGCAACACAAGGUUGAUCAGGCUCCGGAAGUUCAAAAUAUCCUGAAUAGAUUUGAAGCCAAUAAGACUCUAAUCUUUGCAGAUGUUGAUGCUAAGGAAAAUCGCAAGAAAAUUAUCAAUGAUUUUGGAAUUAAUCUUAACCAAAGUAAAAAUCCAUACAACAAUUCUACAGAGGAAUUUUCAACUAUUUAUUCUAAGACUGAUAAAUCAAUAGAGCCGACUCUGAGUGAUGUAUCGCAAGGAGAUCUUAAUAAAGAUGUUCCAAAGAUCAGUGACUUCGAAAAAUUGCCAUUUUCAGCAGUUAAUAAAAGGAAUCUAAAAAGACCGACUCGAAAAUCUGUUAGCAAGAGAUAUGCAAGACUCCAAAACUUAAGGGAGCAAGACAGCAUGAAAAUGCUCGAUCUCUGAUCACAGAUACGGUCUUUUAGAUCAUCAGAAAGAUUCUAGGUUCCCUAUAUUUUAUUUUCAAUUUAUUAAAAUUUGUAAGG